AUGAAGCUCUUCAAGGGGGCCUCCGCCUCCCCUGCAAGUCCUGGCCGGUCACGGCCAGGCACCUCAUCCAUCCGUGGCAAGAUUUCGAACCCCAUACCCAUACCGAGCGCAACCGACGACGAUGAGUUCCCUAUACGAAGGCCAGGCACUGGCUUUGCCGACAGGUCCCCCGAGGAGGAGUUUCCCAUCCGCCAGCUUGGGACUAGUGUGGCUACUCCGAACCCACCUGAGGAGUGGCAGCAGCAACAGCAACAGCAGCAGCCGCCAGCUCAACCAAACCAACAAGAACUCAAGCCCGAGGACUAUGACACAACCCCGGAGGAGAGACACCAACCGCCAUUACAAAGUAUUAUUGAUGAUAGUCGUCAAGAAAAUGCGGUGACUGAGGCGCCCGUUGAGGCGCCUCCAAUAGAACAAUUUCCACGGACAUAUGAUCCGGUCACUCCCACCGCCCCGGUGGCUCCCGUACCUAUUUCGGCUACGAUACCGGCUGUUGCGCCGGAUCCUGCGCCGCCCUCAACACCACAGCCCGCACAGGCGAGGACAAGUCACCCCUCAGCCAAGGGCUCAGGUAAUUCUCCGGCCAACAGUAAUGGUAACAGCAACAAUAGCGACCGAACCCAAUUCCGCAGGACAAACGUCCCAAGCACAGUGCGAUACUCUGCCAUCAGCAAUAACUCUGCAAAUACUGGCGCAUUAUCUUCAGACUCCCGUCCGCAACGGAAAAAGUCGACACUGCGGAACGCUUUGAGUAAGCUAUUUGGGCGCAAAAAGAAGAAGGGCACUGGCUCGUCCAGCUCGGCAGGCGACACAGAUCGCACGUCAAGCGUGAUGCCGUCUCAGCACCGUAGUGAUACCUCAGGUCUGGUGCCUGUCAAGGAAACCGAAUCGAAACGAUCUGCGUCCUUGCCUAUCACCGAGUACGAUCGCGCACUACGCUCACACUCGAUUGGGCCAAACGACUUCUCGACAAUAGAAAAUGUCCGCAACUCGAUACACGGCGAUUUGAACACGCCAAGGCGGCGGGCCUUGACGGCCACAGACAGUAAGCUGUUCGGGACGCCAGCAAAACGAAACGAGUUUGGGGAGUGGGGAGGUCUGUCUCCUCGUCCUGUCAGCGCCCAUGGCCGGGGUCGCGUGUCGGGGGUUGAAGAGGAUCCCGAUAUGAUAGGGCGGGCGAUAACUUCCGACAUGGAUACCGGAACUGGAUACAACACGAAGCGAAGAUCGCGGUCGUUAUCAGGUAUCGAUGCCCUUGGUGGACACCUCGCUCAUGUUGCUCCCGACGGCACCGUGAACGUAGCUGGAGGCCGCCGGCGUAGUGACGAGAUACGGUACUGGCGCGAAAGCUAUGGGGCUAGCUACCUCUCUCCGUUGUCUUCCACACAUCCUGAGACGGAAGGUGAUCAGAAUGAAUACCGUGAUGGGGAUAAUGACGACACUGGCGUAAUCUCGGUUGACCCGACACAGUCGCUGGCUGCACGGCCCGCAACAAGUACAGCACCGGAUUCACCUCCACAGCCGUUCAAUUUUGGCUCCUUGGCUACCAUGAACGAGAUGGCUGGUAUGAAGAUCACUCAGGCGGCCAGCCUCGAGGCUAGGGUGAACAACGUCGAAGGCAGGACCGACAGGUUAGAGCGUGUCGUGGACCAGCUUUGCAACACCGUUUCUGGUCAGAAAGGUGGCUAUGCUGUAUCCGCUGCUGGCUCAAACCAGGUCCCCCGCUCGAUGCAACAUCCUCAGUCUGAUUUCUGGCAGGCGCCGUCAUCAUACCCGCGCGAACCACGAGCAGACCAGUCUUCUUCUAGGUAUACGAGCAGCCAACCAUCGGUAGAGACGGACGGGCUGACAACGCACUCCCACAUGUCGUUUGGGGAGGGGCAGACCCUUGUUGGAGGCCUUCACCCACCUUCGAGUGCAGCUGCCCACCCGGGUCUGCCGACGAUCGCAGCGUCGCCGUCGUCACCCGGCUUGUUGGGAUUGCCCCGGGGAUCGACGUCAACUGUUCGCGGGGCCAUGAGUCUACCCGCCCUGUCGGUGGCAGCUGCUUCGGAUGCAGCGGCAGCUGACUUGGCAGCGCAGCUCGAGACUGAGCGUGCGGAGAGGUUAGCUCUGGAACUUCAGGUCAAGAAGCUAUCGGAACGCGUCAAUGUGCUGUCAAGUACUAUGUUCGCGAUGCUGCGGGAUCCGCAGAAGAACCGAUCCCAGGAGCGCCUGACGCCUUCGUCUGGCGUUGGCGAGAACAGGCUGUCGAGGACAUCGUCUAGCAGCCACCUCGUCACGCCCACCAAGAUGGCGCCACCGCAUUCUGGCAUCGGCAUCAGAAACUCGCCAGCACCCGUGCCGGUAUUCCUAGAGCCGCCGCCGUCGCUGAACAAGUUCCACUCGUCUGGUAAUACGUUGUCCGGGUUUGAAGACACUGGAGACGAGGAGAGUGAAAGGGGCGACGAGUCAGUAUCCGAGUCGUUCAUGACGCCGAGGGAGGAGUACUCGCCGCACACGUAUGGUGCUUUUGGCGAGGAGCUGAGAGACGAGACCGAGGACGAGACCGACCCAAAGCGCAAGAAGGCCGCCAGGACGCUGAGCCUGAGCCAGCUGACUCUGAACAAGGGUCAGAGGGCUGUUGUUUGAAAGGAAUGAUUCUUCAAUUCGUCAACGUCUUUUAAGCCUUACCGCAUGUGCAUCCUCUGGACUUUUUAGAGUAAUCAUGGAUGUUUGCAUUAUAUACGACUUUCUUUUGUCACUUGCGGUCAUCAUUUAUUUUUGGCGGUUGCUUUUAUUAUUUGAUUCUGUUUAUUGGCUGGAUCUGGUUGAUAUUCCCCCUCGAUGUUCACAAUCUAGUUGGACUUCUUUUCGUUCACUUUUUGGCGGUUCCUUCUCUUUUGUUCCCUUCUACUUUUUCCCCCCUUGUUGAUCUUGGGGAUUGCUGGUGAGCGAGCGAGCGUUUCUUGUUAAAAAGCGUCUAUCGCAUUCUGUCUCGUCUAUCCUAUCUAUGCAGUCCAUAUAGAACUGCUUGGUUCAUCGGACAACUUUUUUUUUCCCAACCCCUCCGACUGGGGCUGUGUAAUAUUUCUUCAUGGUCACUGUCGCUCCUGGCGAGAAAAACCAGUCCGACUAACCAUCGGUUGGCUACAGAGGAUUUGGCGCGGUGCGGCUGGAUUGCAUAUACAUUUAUAUCUUGUCUCUUUCGGAGUAGAUGGAGUGUUCAUCGUGCUGAAUACCCUUGAAUGGUUUACUUUUUCUGGAUAUGCAUCUAUCAACUAUCUUCAUUAAUGAUGAAUCCAAUGAAUGGGGCGGACACUUUCUGCGGCAGAAGUAAUUAAACCUUAUAUGUGAACUCCUGAGUGUUUGAGUUUUCUAACUUGACAUGCAUGUCUUGAGUGUCAUUUCAACUAUCUAAUCAAAUAAAACUUUGUGGCGGUGGGGGGAAUAUUUAUUGUCUGUUUAUUUGU